AGUUGAUGAAUAUGACACUUUGGAUAACAACUGCAUGUUCAAACAUGAAUUUCAUAUUCUGAAUGAUGCAGAGUGUAAUGAUGUUGAUAUAAUUGAGCAAUUUUUUAAUACAAAUUUUUUUGCAGUAAUCAAAAGAGAAUGCUGUGGCCUUAUUGAUAAAUUAUAUGUCAUAAGAGUUGUCUCUGCAUUCCAUAUAGAGCUUAGUCUGCUUCUUAUAUUAGAUGAUAUUUCAGAAAGAUCACAAUUCUAUAGAAUUUGCGGUUUUACAGAAGAAGUAGUACAGUUAAUUGCUAAAUGUUAUUUUGAUAAUAAUAUGCAGAUAGUAAAUGAUGCAAUGGAUCAAAUAAGACAGCUACCUAUGAUGUUAUUAAGAACUGUCAAUAAAGCCAUAAUGCAAGUAACUUUUGAAAUUUUCCUUCCAAUAUCAUUUCAUGUCGCUGAGCUUCAUCUUAUAAUUGAUGGAAUGAAGAAAAGUGAUGAUAGACGCUUUGGUUUUGUAGACCUUUUUGUUUUUGAAAGUGGGAAUGGCUUAUUGAUAUCAAAUAUUGUAUUAAAACUCAAAUAUAUUACAAUUACUGGUCUGUUAAAUGGAACACAGAGAUUUUAA